UUAAAAAUAGGCGGAGUUUGGUCUCCAGAAAGUUGUCAAUCUCACGAAAAAGUUGUCAUCAUAGUACCGUACAGGAACCGAACGGACCAGCUGAUGGCCUUUCUACGCUACAUGCACUGGUUCCUGCAACGGCAACUUGUUCAUUACAGAAUCGUCAUCAUGCAGCAGACUGGCCGCGCGCUGUUCAACAGAGGCAUGCUGAUGAACGUUGGUUUCUCCGAGAUCAAACAACUUCAACAUGUUGAUUGCGUCAUCUUCCACGAUAUUGAUUUGCUACCAGAAAAUGACAGAAUCUUGUACAGGUGUGAAAACAUGCCUAAGCACAUGUCCGCUGCCGUCAGUUCAUUUCAUUACAAACUGCCCUAUUCGAACAUGUUUGGUGGGGUAGAAGCGUUCAAAGUGGCUCAAUUUCACACCAUUAACGGUUUCUCUAACAGUUACUUUGGCUGGGGUGGGGAAGAUGAUGAUCUGUACAAACGGGUAUAUUUGCACCGUCUGGAGAUCUUACGUGAUGAUCAAACACUUGCUAGGUACUACAUGAUGACUCACGCCGACCAACCAAAAAAUCCAAAAAGAUUUGAUCUUCUGAAAAAGAGCACUUCCCGAUUUGAAACGGACGGAUUGAACUCAUUGGUGUACAAGUGUUUGUACAUCGAGGAACGACCGUUUUUCACGUUGAUUCUGGUUGAUCUAGAUGAGAUGUUUCAGGUGAGAUUAUUUUUCUAUUUGUUUUUUUUUAGUAAGUUAACACUAGCCCACUAG